UGAGAGGCGUAACAUCAAUCAAGCAGCCAAGAAAGGAAGCAGCUACUAGCCUACUAGGUGCUCAGCGCACGCAUGUCUCCUUCCUCUGUGCCAGCGGCCGCCGUGGCGACGUCGACCCGCCUCAUCCUGGUGCACGGCACGGGCCACGGCGGCUGGUGCUGGUACAAGGUCGCCACCCUCCUCCGCGCCGCGGGACACCGCGUGGACGCGCCGGACCUCGCGGCCUGCGGCGCCGACGCGCGCCGGCUGAGCGACGCGCCCACCUUCGAGGACUACACGCGCCCCCUGCUCGACGCGCUUCGGGACCUCCCGGACGGCGAGCGGGCGGUGCUGGUGGGCCACAGCUUCGGCGGGAUGAGCAUCGCGCUCGCGGCCGAGGAGUUCCCGGACAAGGUUGCGGCGGCAGUGUUCCUCACCGCCUUCAUGCCCGACUGCGACGCCCCGCGCACCCGCGUCAUCGAGGAGGUUCCCGUGUCCGACUGGAUGGACAGCGUGGUCGACGAGGAGCACGCCCCGCCGUCGGUGUUCCUCGGCCCCGAGUUCGUGCGCCGGAAGCUCUACCAGCUGACCUCCGAAGAGGACUACACGCUGUGCCAGAGCCUGGCGCGGGUGAGCUCCUACUACGUCGCCGACCAGCAGCAGCGGCCGCCGUUCAGCGCUGCCCGAUACGGCGCGGUGACCAAGGUCUACGUGAUCGCCAAGCAGGACCAGGCCAUGGUCGAGGAGUACCAGAGGCAGAUGAUCGCAGGCAUCCCCGUGGCCGAGGUCAGGGAGAUGGCUGACGCCGACCACAUGGCCAUGCUCUCCGCGCCGGAGGGACUGGCGGGCCACCUCGCCGACAUCGCCAACAACUACACUUAAUCGAGUUGUGGAGCAUAUUUACCGAUCUUAUUAAUACGUAUAUUUACCGUAGUUGGGUUGUACGAGUACUUCCAAGAAUAAACGAUGAAAUCCACUGAAAUGUGAGUCCAGACGUACCGUACAUGAGGGCUCUUUCCUUCAAAUGAAUUCUACUGUAUUUUUAUAUAAAUUAUGUAGUAUGCAAAUCUGUAGAUAUUUUCCAAUAGAAUAUUUUUUUCAAUGGAAUAAACAUUUCACUUUUCCAAGCUUAUCUAUACUAGUACACAUGCACGUGCAACGCACGUGUAAUAAUGUAAAAAACUCAUCAUUUGGAAGAAAAUAUAUCAUGUAA